AUGCGACCAUUUCUCCGACGCUUUACGUCUCUCAAACGCCCCUCCGUCAUGAAGCCGCUCAUCGCUGUCGUUGGUGCCACAGGCACGGGCAAGUCAAAGCUUGCAGUCGACCUAGCCUCGCGAUUUAACGGGGAGAUCAUCAAUGGCGAUGCCAUGCAAAUGUAUCGCGGUCUCCCUAUCAUCACCAACCAGAUCCCCGUCGAGGAGCGAAACGGUAUCCCGCAUCACUUGAUCAGCUGCGUUGAGCUCGAGGAACAGCCGUGGUUUGUCGGCAGAUUCAGAAGCGAAAGUCUCCGACUCAUUGACGACAUUCACGCCAGAGGGAAAACUCCCGUCUUGGUCGGUGGUACCCAUUACUAUACACAGGCCGUCUUGUUUAAAGACCAGCUACUUGGCGAGGAUGCUACUGCAGACGAUGUGCAGGAGGAAGCCGUAAAUCAAUUAACGGAAGAUAACGACCCGAAAUCCUCGACUAAAUGGCCCAUCCUCGACGCUCCCACUGAGGUGGUUCUACAAAAACUGAGAGAGGUCGAUCCCGUCAUGGCGGAUCGAUGGCACCCGAACGAAGCACGCAAAAUCCGUCGCUCCCUAGAGAUAUAUUUCCAGACCGGCAGGCCCGCGUCGGAAAUUUACGCGGAGCAACAGCGGACAAAGCAGGCGGCCCUGAUUCGGGAUGACUCCCUUACAGGUGCCGGUCACUUGCGAUUCCCGACGAUGAUAUUCUGGGUGCACUCGGAGAAGGAGACGCUGAACAGUCGACUGGACAAGCGGGUUGAUGCAAUGCUAGAGCAAGGGUUGAUGACAGAAGCCAGGCAGAUGUCGGAUUACCUUCAGGAAAAGAAAGCUCAGGGCGUCUCCGUUGACCAGAGCCGCGGCGUAUGGGUGUCUAUCGGAUACAAGGAGCUAGCACCCUAUUUCGAAGCACUAUAUGCCGGCUCGGCGGAUGAGGCCGAGCUAGAGACCCUCAAGAAAUCCGGCAUUGAGUCGAUCAAGACUGCAACGCGGCAGUAUGCCAUGUCUCAAAUCAAAUGGAUCAGAAACAAGUUAUGGCAGGCCCUUGCAGAUGCGAGUUCGACCAAUCGUCUCUACCUCCUUGACAGCACUAAUGUCGACGCAUGGGAGCAGAAUAUUACUGAGCCGUCCGAACGUCUUGUCCGUGCUCUGCUGGAGGAUCAACCCACUCCCGAUCCGAAGUCACUGUCAGAACUCGCAAGGACGGUCUUGGGCGCCAAGGAGGCGCAGCCACAUAAGGAGUCGGGAUCCGUCACCAAGUGCAGGACUUGUGACAUCUGCCACAAGACCAUGAUGGGCGAUGAGCAAUGGCAUAUACACAUCAACGGCUCGGUCCAUAGGAGAGCUCUCAAGAGCGCCGCCAAACGGGCUGCGCGUGACGAAUAUCUACGAAAGCGACAAAAGCUGCUACACGAGGGUGAGGAGAAGGGCUCUGAAUCUCCCGCGGAGCCAGAUGUACAAGCCCCUCCGUCCUCUUAA